UCAAUCCGAAAGAGACAGAGGAGAGACAACUGAGCAGCGGGGCAGAGCAAAAAAGAAAACAAGCCAUUAAUUAUUUACUUGCGGGUUGACCUUUAGCUCCGGCCACUUGUGUUAAGCAGAGAACAGUGUUGCGUUGAGUAUUGUCACGUUAGGAGACUGUCACAUGAUCUUACUGAGUGAGUCACAUUCUCGUCCAGAGCCGACCUAUUAAAAAAGGAUUACUUUAUUAUUCAAAUAAAAACCUUAAGACCCCAUGAAGUCAUUUUUGUGAUGUGCGUCCACAAGCAUUGUUCUAAAAUGCAUCAUCUUAUCCACUUGAACACAACCUCAGUGGUGUCCUACAAGUCGACCGCCGUCUAUUGCUUUGGAGUUUUUUUUUUUACCUCAUUGGUGACAUCCACACUGAGGAGGGAGGGCAUAAGAGAGCGCACAUAGCUUCACAGUACCAUCUUCUUCUCUGCCAAUUUGCUAUCACACCUUCUCUUUGACUUUGUAAGAAUAAAGCCUGAUCUCAUCGGACUGUAUAGCUCACAAAUGGAGGGGGAGGUGACAAAGUCACUGCAGCGUGUGCGUACUGUGUCUGUGGUAAGAUCAUUCACGGCAAGUAAAAGACUCAGAACGUUUAUUGGAUUUAAAAGGCAGACUUUCUUUACUGGGAAUAAUCUCAGUUUAGAUGGAAGGCGUUUUUGAAACUCAAAGAUGAAAAGGAGGACUUGCGCAGGAAACUAACAUAGAUAAAGGUGCUGAUAUGUGUUCAUGAUGAGCAGUUUGGGGGAGAACUCCAUGGAAACUGUGAUCUCAGAAAACCGGAAACGCAAACUCUCCACUUGCGACACACCUGGUCUCGGGAGUGACAGGAAGCGGCGGGAGCAAGAAAGCAAGUACAUCGAGGAGCUGGCUGAGCUGAUCUCGGCUAACCUCAGCGACAUCGACAGUUUCAAUGUCAAACCGGACAAAUGCGCCAUCCUCAAAGAGACGGUGCGGCAGAUCCGACAGAUCAAAGAGCAGGGAAAGGCUUCCAUCAGCGACGAUGUUCAGAAAUCGGACGUUUCCUCAACAGGUCAGGGUGUCAUUGACAAAGACCACCUAGGGCCUCUUCUGCUGCAGGCUUUGGAUGGCUUCCUGUUUGUGGUGAACCGAGAGGGCAGUAUUGUGUUUGUGUCGGACAACGUGACACAGUACCUGCAGUACAAGCAGGACGAGCUCAUCAAUACCAGCGUCUACAACAUUCUACACGAAGAAGACAGGGAGGAGUUCCACAAAAACCUGCCCAAGACCAACAUAAAUGGAGUGUCGUGGGGAAACGAGGCAGCCCGACAGAAGAGUCACACCUUCAAUUGCCGAAUGCUUGUCAAAUUUGGCCACCCCCAUGGCGCUAUGGAGGAGGGACCAGGAGGGCCACGCUAUGAGACCAUGCAAUGUUUUGCCCUUACGCAGCCAAAGGCCAUGAUUGAGGAGGGUGAAGAUCUGCAGUCAUGUAUGAUCUGCGUGGCCCGUCGGGUUACAGCUAUGGAGAGAACGGAGAGCUUCAAUACAAGGCAUGAGCUUUCAGGUAAACUAAUCCAGAUUGACCAGAAUUCUCUGCGAGCAUCAGUGCGUCCAGGCUGGGAGGAUUUAUUGAGGCGUUGCAUUCAGAUGUUCCUCCAGCAUAGUGAUGGGCAACCCUGGUCCCACAAACGCCACUAUCACGAGGCCUUUCUGCAAGGCCACGCCGAGACGCCGCUUUAUCGCUUCUCCCUGUCAGACGGUACGCCGGUCACAGCGCAGACAAAGAGCAAAUUGUACCGGCAUCCAAUGAGCAACGAGCCGCAAGGUUUCAUCUCGACUCAUCUCCUUCAGAGAGAACCCAAUGGUUACCGCUCAUCUCAGGCCGGCAACAUGAUGCCCAACAGCAUGAGACAGCAGCCCAUGGGAGCCCCCAACCCAAAUGCCCAAAUGAACAUGAACCCAAGUGGCGGGAUGGUGAUGGGAGGCAUGGGCGGCAUGAACCGGGGCUUCGGAAUGAACGAGCAUGGCCACAUGGGCCACAUGGGUCAGAUGGGUGGCUGCUCUGCAUAUGGAGGAAGUAGUGGGGCUGGGGGUGGAGCCAUGGGUAACCGCAUGAUGCAGAUGGGUCAGAUGGGCCAUAUGAGUCAGAUGAGUCCCAUGAAUAACCCAAACCAAGGCAUGCAGCAGCACCACCAGCAUCAGCCCCCCUUUCAGAGUAGCGGAGGCUUUGGGCUAAGUGGCUUGAACAGCCCUUCAGGAAGCCCUCGGAUGGGCGCUCCCCAGUCAGGACUCCUAAUGUCACCCCGGACUCGAGGAAGUCCAAAGAUGGGCUCCAAUCAGUUUUCUCCUGGAGGCAUGCACUCUCCCAUGGGUGGCAUUUGCAGCGGUGGAGGAGGAGGCGGUGGGAACACCACAACCUACUCCAGCAGCUCCCUUAAUGCCUUACAAGCCAUCAGUGAAGGAGUAGGGAACUCAAUUCCCUCCACGCUGAUGUCUCCUUCGCCAGUCCAUAAACCAGAUAGCUCUCCAAGUGUCCACUCCUCUUCUUCCUCUCAGCCAAACCAAAUGGCCAAACCGAGUCAGGAUGGGCCCAAAAGCCCAGCAGGAGGUUUAGGGCCUGGGACUGCCGAGCAUCCCCACCCUUUGCACCAUCAUCAGCAUCCACAGGCUGAAGGUUCUGGAGACAGACCCGACAGCCAGGCAGCUACAACGCCUAAAGAGUUAGCAGAUGGUGGAGGCGAGACUCGUGCAGUAACACCGGAGCCAAACCGAAGGGUACCGGAAAGUAAGGGCCAUCGGAAAUUGCUGCAGCUUCUGACUUUGCCAACUGAGGAGCUCGCAAUGGGUGGAAGUGGACCUCCAGUGCCUCCUGCUCCGCAACCGUCAAACAACAGUAGUACUCCAGCAGCCUCCGAAAGUAAAGACCCAACUGGGGGGAUGACUAGCCCCUCAGCCACUGGGGUGUCCUCCUCCUCCUCUGUUAAUGCCAAUUCAAACCAAACGAGUGGCUUGGGGGCAGUGUCGGCUUCAGCCAGCUACACAGGAUCACUCCAAGAAAAGCACAAGAUUCUCCACAAGCUACUCCAGAAUGGCAAUACACCCGAUGAAGUAGCGAAGAUCACAGCGGAGGCGACGGGCAAGGUGGUACUAGGCGGCCAAGAGGGCAGUGAAGUAGGUUCCGGAGUUCCGGGGUCUGGGACCGGCUCCGGCUUAAUCGUUGAACCGAAGCAGGAGCAGCUUAGCCCCAAGAAGGAGAAGACCCAUGCCCUUCUCCACUAUCUCCUCAACAAGGACGAUUCCAAAGAGCCAGUGGACAUCAAACCCAAACUGGAGGAGCUAGAAGGCAAGGGACCCUCGGCGACAGCUUGCGGUCCUUCACGUGGUGGCCCGGGCCAUGUUCCUGAACAUCAUGAGAGCAAGAUCAAGUCAGAACCACCUGAUGACUUGCACAACCUUGAGUCUAUCCUGGGGGAUCUUAGAGGGACCGGCUCUGAUUUUUACCCGGAUCAGGCAGGAGGCGCUGGGCCCACUGUCAGCAGCAAACCCCAGGGUUGCCUUGAUGACAGUCUUCAGGCGAGUCCAGGUUUGGGACCAGGGCCUCGAGUGCCAUUCCAGAGGACCUUGUCCGUAGAUGGGAAGCCUUCUGGAAGCCUUGGAGGAGGAGCAAGGCGGCCCAUGAUUGUCAAGCAGGAGAAUAUGAUGGGAAGCCCAGACAGCUAUCCAGGAAAUAUGGGACCAAUCAAUAGGGCUAUGGCUACCCAGAGGUCUCCCAUGGGGGCAUCCGGAGACUGGUCUAUAUCCCGCUCCAGUCCCAGUCCAGUGGGUUCAUCGGUUCACCCCUCCAUGAUGCGUCCCAACAUGGAGUACAACAGUAGCAAAGGAAUGAUGACAGGUGCCAUGGUGAGCCGCUCUAACAGUAACCCAGGUUCCAGGUCUAUGCUACAGCAGCAGCUCAUGGAUAUGGGUGGCUCCACUGACAUGAUGAUGAGUGUGGGUUCCUUCAACCAGCAAGGCCACCACAAUCCUUCGUGGCCUGACCCUCUAAUGGGGAUGGAAAGCAACAGACGCCAGUUUGCAAACACUUUAGAUGAACUUCUGGCGCCGCCCACAACCAGCGAGGGUCAGAGUGACGAGCGAGCGCUCCUAGACCAGCUGGAUUCGCUUUUGAACAACACAGAUGGCACCGCGCUUGAGGAGAUAGACAGGGCCCUCGGCAUCCCGGACCUUGUCAGUCAGACGCAGGGAGCAGAGCAAUCAUUGGAGCCUUUUCCGGGACAAGAACCUUCCAUGGUUCUGGACCAGAAACCUCUUUAUGGACAAGGCUAUCCCGGACCCCCUAGCAUCGCCAUGCAGACCGGCUAUGGAGGGAAUCCUAUGCAGGGCCAACCUCAGCAAGGCGCAUUUGGACCCAUGCUGUCACAAAUGGGCCAAAGUAAUAAUUUCCCCGGCAUGGGUGGAAUGGGGAACUUGGGGCAUCCCCGGGCCAAUAUGAUGAGGCCCAGGAUGAUGAGUGCUAACAAACCCAUGAGGCUCCAGUUGCAACAAAGGCUGCAGGGACAGCAGUUCAUGAAUCAGACACGGCAGGCCAUGGGCAUGAAGAUGGAGAACCCUGGAGGCAACCCCGGCAUGAGGCCUGCUAUGCAGGCGGGCAUACCUGGACAGCAGGGCUUCCUGAAUGCUCAGAUGAUGGCUCAGCGCAGCAGGGAGAUGGUGACCAUGCAGAUGAGAAGGCAGCGCAUGAUGAUGCUGAUGCAGCAGCAGCAACAGGCAGCUGCAGGUGGAUUCAGCCCUCCGCCUAAUGUCACAGCCCCUGGCGGCAUGGACAGUAGUGUGGGAGGACCCAACAUGGGUCAGCCUGGCCCGCAGCAAUUUGCUUAUGGAGGGAAUUACGGUAUGAGUCAGCAGGGAGAGCCCUCGUUUGGCCCAUCUGUUGCCGGCAGUCCUCCGAACGCCCUGAUGACGGGCCGCAUGGGGACUCAAAACGCCAUGAUGCAACAACACCAACAGGGCGGUCCCGUGUAUCAGAGCGCGGAAAUGAAGGGCUGGUCACAGGGUGGCAUGGGACGUAACAGUUCGUACCCUCCGCAGCCGUUUGGCCAACAAGUGCCUCCGGGACAGCAGCAGUUUGGGCAGCAAGGAAAUCCGGCCCAGUACGGGGGCAUGAUGAUGAACGGUGGCAUGGCGACUGGUGGAGGAACAGGUCACAUGGGUCAGAUGGGAGGACAGAUGGGAAUGAAUCCAAUGGUGAUGGGGCGCAUGAUGGGGCAAGAUCAAAAAUAUUGCUGAGCUUCAUGGGAGGACAUAUUGACGUGUGGGAAACACACCACUGGGGUCACAAGCCUUUGGAUUUCUGGCUUGGAGGGCAGACGUGGGGAAAUUUCACAAACACUGUGACACACACACUCACUCACACUCGUUGAGAUAACUUUGCGAAACCCCGCCGAGUGCAGUUUGAUAUUUCUGUCCAAACAGGUGCUCACGUAGACACGCUCCACUUGUUGGCCGGUGUCAGUGGGCACAAUGAGCUCAUGGCAUGGAUAGUGAUGGAUGGCUGGAUGGAUGGCUCGUUCAUGUGUAGCUCCAAAGCCUCCUUUGUCGAAUGUACCGUGUAACUGCAUUUUCCUCAGUACCGUUCUUUAAGUUCCCUCGCUUCCGACGGAGGUGCCGACAGUAACGAUGGUUGUAGAGCCGAAGCAAGCCGGCGGAUUGUGACACUCAGAUGAAUGUCAGGAAAGAAGCAGCACAUUCUUUCAUCCUCCGAGACUCGGCGGGCUAGCGUACAACUGAAUUACGUGUUGGCUGAUUGCACUUUAAGGAGAGGCCGGCCGGCAUCAACGGGAUUGUGGCACGACAGAGGCCUUUACUCGAGUUUGAACCCAGAGCAGAAGGUGUUUCCAGUUUUUUUGAACGUUUGGAUCAUUUGAGGGUGGGUGGGCGAUAUUUUGAAAAUGGGCUUGAGAAUCUCCUUCUUAAGUGGGAACCAGUAGAAAGGUAGCAAGCACAGAUUUUACAACACUUUGUCGUCAGUGUACCAAUUUAUGAUAAGACUAGAAAUUGAGGGCGGGGAAAAAAAAACAAAAGAUCCUUUUAAAAACACAACUGACGUAUAUUUAUACAGAUUCAAGAGGAGGAGGUUUUAUCAAUCCAGAGGAAAUUUUUUUAAAUCAGAAAGUUGAAGAUAUUUUGGUUACCUGAAAUUUUCAUUGUUUGAACAUACAGAAAUUGAAAAGUGGCCAAGUUGAUGUGCAUGUAAAUCCACACUGUAAGAUAACUAGAUUUCUAGCAAUAAUCCUUCCUCCUGGUUCUCGUCUGUGUUGAAGCAUCAGUUCCUCAAAGUGGCGGUACUGCAGUAUUUAGACACAAUGUCUUCUUGGAUUUCCUUUAACUGUUAAUAGUAAUUGUAAAUAUUCUUCAAAUGUACUAUAAAGUAUAUAAUUAUAGUAUAUAUGCUUUUGUAGAUCACAUACUUUUUUGCACAGAUUGCAAGGCUUAAUAUUUAAUUGUCUUAUUCCAUCAUAGGUCAUGUUUUAUUUGAAAGACUUUAACCCUUGGUUGGAAAAAGAAGUCCUGAAAUUGUUUUGAAAGCAGUACAUGUAUAAUUUCUUUCAGACUGCACUUGCAUCCUCUCAAAAAGCACUUUUUGUUGUAAUUUUCAAAUCAUUAUUUUUAUUUUAUUAGGGUAUAAGCUUUGAUAUAGAGGUGCUAAUAAAUAAAAGGUAAAAAAAAAUUGCAGGGCUAUAUUUAAAAUAUAUUCAAAGAGAGUUGUUUUUGCCUCAUCAUUGUGUAGGGGUGUUGAUGUGACUCACAAGAAAUGAUAGCGGUAAUCUGGAUUUUGCCAAUGGGCUCCUUGCACACAGCGCUGUGAUGUCAUAUCCAUGACCAACAACUACACGAGCCGUCUAUUCAUUCAUUUUAAGUAAACAGCGUACAGAGUAUGAGCCGUAAAAAAUUGUAGUGUCACUGACAAAACAUUUUAGAAUCGAUUAUUCCACCGAUUACUCUGACCUCUUGAAAUAACACUUAGGUUUGCCAAAGUUGUGCAUUUAAGUAGCACAAAGUAGCUUUGCAGUAUUUAUGCAAAACUUUUUUUUAAUGUGUAUCUUUUUUUUUUACCCUGGGCAUCGGUUUUCUUUUAGUGUAUUCCUCCAUGGUAGUCCCCAUUGAACGCAUCUUUUUACAACAAAUGGCCAUUUGGUAAACAGGGAAACGGCCAAACAUUGUUCUCAUAUCCAUAGAUGCAUCCUAAAGCUCUUCUAUAAAUUGCUUUUUUGGUAAUUUGGAGGAAGAUGUACAUUACAUCCUUGAUGCUCAGUUUGGGCAAGCACUGUAAGCACAUGUUGAAUAACGGAAUUUCGGCUAAAUGUGAAAGAUUCUGUGCAAAGAGCCCAUUUGGUCCGCUAGGCCUCAAAAAGUGUCAACUAUUUCGAUUUAUCAUGAAAGCCCUGCACAACAAAUCAGUUAAAUAUCAUGUUAGUCUUUUAAUGUGUGAAUUUUCCCCUUUGAAAUUAUUUUCUUUCUUUCUUUCAUAUAUAUAUAUAUAUAUAUAUAUAUAUAUAUUUUUUUUUUUCAUGUGAAGCUUCUGUUUUAGGAAUCUACUUAUGAAGACGUGCUCAAUCCAAAGAGUUUUUGUUUGUCGUUUUGCAUCGCUUAGAGACACUUCCUGAACUAGAUCGUAUUCGUGGGCUUUUCUUGUCGCGCCUAUGAUGUUGAAUAUAAUUGCAUAAACUGUGUUAUACAAAACAAAACAAAUUGUGGAAAUUAAUCUAGUUUUGGUACGUACUUGUAUUCUUUUCUUAAGGAUUUUACUUUUCUUCCGGCCCAAAUUGUGGUGCUGUUGCUUUACAAGAGAUUUGAGAUGUAGUAAAGCGGAAGAAUUUGAAACAUUGUUUUCCUCACAGCCCAAAUUAAAAAAUAUUCAAACAACAUUUGGAUUUACACGGAAGAAACUCUUAGAGAGAGAAAAGACAAACACAAUGUGGGAUACAGCUUAUUACAGGAUGUACAUUUCCUUUUUUUUUCUUACCUUGUUCUUGAUGUUAAUAUUGUUGUAAAUACAAAUUUAUAUUUAAACCGUA